AUGAAUCGUCUCAUAGAAUACGGUAGUGUUGAAGCUAUUCCAUACUACAAUUGCUCCCGAAUGAGCUUCCCAGAAUGGGAGAAAACCGGUGUCAAACGACCAUGGCUCGGAUAUCCGCUUAUCAUAUUUGGAAUAUUCAUUGAAUUACUCUAUCUUCCGAUUGUUUAUAUCAUUUUUAAAACUAACUUGAUUAAACAUGUAUGCUAUAAAAUUAUUGUGGUGUUGGCAUUCGUGGAUAUGAUGGCGACUGCUUGUAGUUGUUUUAUAACUGGAACUCUGUUGGUUAUUGGAUCAGUUUUCUGUAUGUAUCCAACGUUUACCUAUGUGACUGGAGGAUUUGUUUUAGCAAUGUGGUGCAUGGCGUGUGCAACUACCGUAUCCCUAUUCCUAAAUCGUGUCAUAAGCCUUGCAUUCCACGAAUACGCGGAUUCCAUCGAAAAACGACUCGCCUAUAUUUCCAUCUUAUUCUGUUUCUCAUAUGCUUUCUAUAUUUUCAUGUUCACCCCUUCAAUUGUCUAUAAUUCCGUUUUCUUGGCAUGGAUCCCGGAUCCACUUUCAGAGUUGAAGCCGAGUAAGGAGGCUGCUGCAAUGUACAAAAACGUUCCACAAGCCUGGAAUAAUUGGAUAUUCGUAUCUUGCAUGUUCAUUUUAUUCUCGAUUUAUUGUGCAAUGGUGAAGAAAAUCGCUCGAGGGCAGAAGUCGAAGGCCUCAAUGGCGAUUUUCUUCCAAUGUGCAAUAAUCUGUUUCUUCAAUACUGUCUCCGCUAUGGUCUACAAUGCAGUUGCAUUCAUAACCCCCGAUUUCUGGAUCCUUCUGCUCGGUCAACUGUGCUGGUCCAUCAAUCAUGGGUGCCCAGCGUUGAUCUACAUCACCAUGAACGAGACGAUCAAGCGCGAAUUCAAAAAGUUGGUCUUCGGAAUCAAAUCCAAGAAAAUCGAAACAUCCUCCGCCGUCAACACCGCAUCUCGCUCCAGAAUCUAAAUUUUUGUGUUAAAUAUUUACAAUUAAAGUU